AUGUCCUCAUCACCUAGCAAAUCACCUACAAAAGCAGCUCAUGAGCACGCCCUUUUGCUCAACUCAAUUGCAGAAGGAGCGAACGAGUACCCCAAACCUGAGCAUGUCAACUAUACAUAUGGGACAGCAGGAUUCCGAACACUUGCUACCAAGCUUCCCUCGGUAUUAUUCCGGGUAGGACUCUUAGCUGUCCUCCGUUCGAAACGACUGGAGGGAGCCGCGAUAGGAGUGAUGGUCACUGCCUCUCAUAAUCCGGAACCUGAUAACGGUGUGAAACUCGUCGACCCCUCCGGAGAAAUGUUGGACCCAACUUGGGAAUCACACGCAACUGCAUUAUCCAACUGUCCAACCACCGAAUCCCUCAUAUCCACAUUCACCACCUUAGCUACCCACUUACGAGUAGACUUACAUCAACCUGCGAAUAUAGUUUACGCAUACGAUACUAGACCUUCUGGACCUGAAUUGAUCAAAGCGUUGGAGAAAGGUUUCGAGGUAUUUGGAGAGUCCGUGAAGACCGUGAACCUUGGUAUAACGACUACACCGAUACUUCAUUAUGUGACGAAGGCUAUGAAUGAUAAAACUGGAGAAUAUGGGAAGCCAACCAAGGAGGGAUAUAAUCAGAAGAUGGCUAGUGCUUUUAAGACGUUGAUUGGUAACCGAGGUCCCCUCUCACCAUUAUACGUGGAUUGUGCGAAUGGUGUAGGAGCCAUAGCCUUACAAGAGUUCAUAUCCACAUUAGGUGACAUAUUACCCGUUCAUCCACUCAACACCUCAACAUCGGAAAAGGGAGCGUUGAAUCAUUUAUGCGGAGCAGAUUUCGUCAAGACCAAACAGGCGUUACCACCUUCCGUCCAAUCUUCCAAUGUCCUCUCUAAACCUGGUACUCGAGCCUGCUCGUUCGAUGGAGAUGCAGAUAGGAUCGUAUUUUAUUACCUCCACGAGACAAAGGGUACCUUCAGACUAUUGGAUGGCGACAAGAUCGCAGUCAUGGUGGCAAUGUUCUUAGGUGAUUUAGUGGUGAAAGCGAAAUUGGAUGAAGAACAUAAUUUACAAGUUGGAGUCGUUCAAACUGCUUAUGCUAAUGGAAGUUCAACCAAAUACCUUACAAGUCGAAAUAUCCCUGUUACUUGCGUACCGACUGGUGUUAAGCACUUACAUCACGCUGCUCAGCGAUAUGACAUCGGGGUAUAUUUCGAAGCCAAUGGACAUGGUACAGUCCUUUUCGCAGAUCACGCUAUUAAAGCUCUCAAGAGUGCUUCACCCCCAUCACCCGAUUCUGCCAAUGCGAUUAAAAAUCUUCUAGCAUUCAGCGAGUUGAUCAAUCAAGCUGUUGGAGAUGCUCUAUCUGAUAUGUUAUUGGUCGAAGCUGUUUUGGCCCAUAGAGGUUGGGGUGCACCUGAAUGGGAUGCUGGAUAUGAAGAUUUACCAAAUAGAUUGGUUAAAGUUGAAGUUCCUGAUAGAUCCAUUUUCGUCGCGACCGAUGCGGAAAGGAAAUUACAGUCUCCUCAAGGAUUACAAGAAAAGAUCGAAGAGGCUAUGAAGAAGUAUGAUAUGGGAAGAUCAUUCGUCAGACCUUCUGGGACGGAGGAUUGCGUUAGGGUUUAUGCCGAGGCUAAAACCACCGCUGAAGCUGAUAAUCUCGCUUUUGCGGUGACGGACUUGGUCAAAUGGGCAUCUGGUCAGACAUAA